AUGGCCCUGCCUCGCUCUUCGGAGAUUAUACAACUCCAACACUCUAUCGAGAGGGCGCCAGCCGAACGCUGGGCACCCAUAGUAUCCAGGAUUAUCAUGCUGCUUGCACCCGAUGAUGCGUUCCCAGAGCUCCUGAUCAACCCUCUAACGCUGGCCCCGCACCAGCGUCUGUACGACGAUCCUACGAUGACUAAGGCUAUGACGGCACUCACAGCCAUUUUCGGCACAUUGUACUUCACGCGGCGCCGUCCUGCUCUUGCAGCCCAAUUUCGUGAUCCAGUCGUGCGGUACAUCCGUCGCUGGUGGUCCACCCUUGUCCGCUGGCUCAACUUCAUCCAACCCAAGCAGCAAUGCGUCAUCUUCUGUAUCAAGUUUGCCAAAGUGCUCGCGACUGCCUAUGACCCACUCACUCGUUACAAAGCCUCAUUCCUCGACCUGAUGGAGCAGACGCCGGAAGUGAUCAGCUUGCUCUUUGAUCUCUGGCUACACUUUCCCAUGUAUUCCCAGACGACCGACCGUUUUAGCACCGAAGCCAGGCGCUUAUUCGACGAGAUUCACGUAGACGUCAUGGUCUUUGUCAGAGACGACGACGGGCAAUCUCGCUCUUGGAUCACAGAGGCGUUGCUUGUUACCGGGAUGCGUCCGAAACGUCUGUAUAGGCAGAUUGUGGAGAACAUAUGCCUAUGCAGAGACACGGAAGGAGCGCUGGUAGUGGAUGUGUGUCGGGAACACUUCCACACCAUGGGAGCAUUUAUUUGGCAGGCUUUGACCAUACCUCAUCAUUCACGCGAUACCAUACGCAUGCUUGUCGAGCUAUUCGUGGAGCUCGAGGCACGCUCAAGCACUCACGAUAAGUCGAAGGAUGCGGCCAUAAUGGCAUGCAGAUUUCUUCUCCAGAUAUGGUGUACAUCGGAAGAUGAUCGCUCGCUCCUCCGGGCUCUACAGCUGGGCGUGUUGCCGAAGAUGAUCUCCCUAAACGUCCGUACCGAUGGGCAGAUCACCCGUAUUUUGGCUUUUAUCUUCAAACGCUCUAUCUUCUUCCCCGUCGCUCGCCUUCUCGGAGACAAGCAUCCUGUCCCAUUGUUCGGUUCGCGCGAAUGGAAAACAUGGUGGAUGGUGCCGAGCUGGAUUUUGAGUACAAUGGACGAUAUGCGCUUGCACAAGUGCUUGGUACGCACAUUAAUGUAUGUGGCAACCUCGAGUAUACUUGACGAGCAAGUUCGUUUGAAGAUUUGUCGUUGCUCCACCGUCGUAUAUUGCUCGCAAGCAUGCCAAAGAGUGCACUGGUCCGAGCAUAAACCAAAGUGCCGCGAAUUCUUCUUCAGGUUACUUCCUGGCUCAGCCUGGCUCCGACGCAUAGAGAUUCAGUUCGCUGCAAUCUUUACUAUCGAUUAUCUCCAGCGACAUGGCUCUGAUAUUAUGGCCGAGGUCGACGCCGAGAUUGCGGCACACGCCGAAUCUCCUGCUAAGCGAGUCUACUGGGUUCACUUUAACUAUCACCUAGGGAUACGGCCGAGCCACCAAGUUUUUGCUGUCCUGGAUCCGGGCGUCUCCGACAUAUCGCAGCCGGGUGUAGCGGUGAUGGCUACUCUGGGAAGCAUACGAGGUGGAUUGGCCAGUAUUUACAACGACCCCUACACAGUGGCAAGCUUUCGAGAAUUUUUACUAGGAUUACGCAGUCCGGAUGUUUAA